GGAUCUGCAAUCAACACCAUGCCCCUGGGCUAAGAGAGAGCGGAGUCCUGGCAUGCACUUGUUUGUGCCGUAACGUAUGCGAGAGGCUUUGCCGUAACCAUGCACACCGGCCCCGGCCAGCGGGGAAAUGUUUGGCGGCCAUCACCAUCCAAGCUCUGGCCGACGGGGAGCCCGAGGACAGGGUCGUGGACUCGUGAUGAGCAGAACAGCUCCAUCACGAGACAUGAGUAUUAAUAGGACGAGAUCGCCCUCUCGAUGGCCUUCCCUUUCCUCUCUCAUCCUCAGCUGCAACUUCUCAGCGUGCCAAUCGUUUCACCACUAUACCCUAUUACCUACCUAAUAUUUCAGACCUUAGUCACUCUUUUCAGACGAACCAACACUCGUUUUCUACCCAACCAAACACUAGCACAAUGAAGUUCUUCAGCACCGCUCUGGCCGCCUUCGCGGUUGGCUCCGCCAUUGCUGCCCCAGCCCAGGAAGCUCGCACCCUGCCCACUCCCUCCGCGGCCCCGUGCCCGUGCCAGGACGGCGGCAAGCUCCCCUCCGUCAGCCUGCCCAGCCUCCCCAGCGUGUCCACGCCCUGCACCACCAUCACCAGCGCCGUGGCGACCGCCACCGCCACCAGUGUCCCGAGCCACGGUGGCGGCUCCGGGUCCGACUGCGACGGAGACUGCGGUCUCACUGUUGUCGUUGGCGCCGUCGUCGACGUCGUUGUCGAGGUGGAGGCCAAGGUCAAGGCCCAGCUCGACUUGAUCGCCAAGAUCAUCGCCGAGGUCGACAUCGACGUUGAUGCCCUGCUCAAGGUCAUUGUCGAGCUCAACGCCGACCUCAAGGUUCUCCUUGACGCCGAGGUCAAGCUCAACGGCCUCACUGUCGAUGUCGAUGCCAUUGCCGCCGCCGAUCUCGAGGUUGUCCUGAAGCUGGUUGCCCAGAUCCAGGCUCUCGUCGCCGAGGUUGAGGUCUGCCUCAAGGCCAUCCUCGCUCUCAAGGCUGAGAUUCUCAUUGCCGUCGGCGCCGAGCUCAAGGCCUGCUUCAACAUCAUCGCCCAGAUCGGCAACGUCGUCGUCAAGGCCGUCCUGGCCAUCAUUGCCGACCUCAAGGUCGACGUCCACGUCGACCUUGCCGACAUUGUCGUCAAGAUCCACGCCUGCCUCUCCGUCAUCACCAACACCUGCUCGCUUGUCGGCGGCCUGCUCGGCACCCUCCUGAAGCUCCUGGCUUAAAAGAGCGGAAGAGUGGAUGAUUGAAAAAAGGAGUGCUAGGAAGGACAAGUCAUGAUGUCUUGGAUGCGCUGAUGUCUGCUGGCGUCUCGCGGUGGUGGUCUCCAAAAAACGGGUUGUAAACUUCAUUUGUAACUAGUUGAAUAAAUCGUUUAACUCCCGCGCUGUGUGUGUGUGUGAUUGAAAUGGUCGUUGUGCAUAUCUCCGAGUUGGUGUUUGAAACUCAGGCUUUGAGGAAAGAGGUGCCCAUCCUUUCUGGUUUGCUGGAAAACGUCUCGCAA